AUGGGAAGACUAAUUCUAGAAUAUUUAGAUGGAAAUAGGAUCUACGUGUGUAAAAAAUGUAGAAUUCACUUAACAAAUUUUUAAAAUAGAAUAUCAAAAAAUUUCAAAGGAGGCACAGGACAAGCCUAUUUAUUUGACUUAGGAAUAAAUUAUCAUGUGGGAUUGCCAGUUGACAAAGACCUUUUAACUGGUAAACACACAGUUCAAGACCUUAUGUGUAAUGGUUGCUGUGAAAUAAUUGGAUGGAAAUAUAUAAAAGCGUUUAGGGAGUCUGAGAAAUAUAAAGAAGGAAAAAUAAUAAUUGAGAAAUAUUUUAUUGAAAAAAUCAAAUGGAAAUGA